AUGCCUGAGUCGCCGAAAUACAUCUCAGAUGAUUCUCCAACCGACACAUACGCCCCACAAGCGCCACCAGAGGUGAUUGACCUGGACGAAUACGACACGCAAAGCGAGUCGGAACAUGGAUCCGAUGCGGAGUCGGAUGAUCUGAUCCUUACGACGAAACCGGCUGUCCAGUACAACAAGCUGCGGGAGCUCAAGUGUCCCAUCUGUCUCGAUCCGCCCAAAGUCCUUUGUGUGACUCCCUGUGGACACAUUUAUUGUGGGGACUGUAUCUACACGGCUCUAUCGUCCGGAGUUCGAGCGACGCAAUUGAAGGGAGAGUGCAGCAUUUGCAGAAAGAAGGUCGCUUACAACUCCAUUGUUUACUUGGAAGCCAGACUGGGGAAGGAGAAGGAAGACUCAGAGGAGAGCGACAACGAUGACGGAGACGAUGACGGAGACGAUGAGGAGGAGUCAGCUGAAGUUGGAUCUCCCGUGGAAGAUAGAAGAGCCGUCAAGGUCGAAAGGCGACGGUUACAAACACUAACAAGAUGA